UCAUCAUCUGGAGUCGAAACAAAAACAAAAGUCGAGCACUUGAUAAGGAAAUCUGAAUCGCGCACUAUGAGACCUCGCCGAAACACUAACAAUAGCAAUAACAGUAGCGAAAUGGAUAAGUCUGUUCGCCAGUUCGGAGUAACAGCGUCAAAAAGCCAGUGAUUGUCGAAGCGUGCGCCGCGAAACAUGUCGGCGCCCUUAAAAGAAGCUAGAAAAACAACAGAAGCUUCUCAGGAUGUGGGGUCUCCAGGGGAUUCUAGAUCAGGAUCACCUGCUUUUAUUGUCGCUCUAGAUGUGGGCACCACCUGUGUACGGAGUUUCGUUUUGGACCAACAAUGUGUAGUCCGGGGAUCGGCGGUGGAUGCCGUAGAGCUACUGAACCCACAGCCGGGCUAUUUCGAAAUCGAACCGGAGAUUUUAUGGCACAAAAUUGUGAAUGUUAUUACACAGGCGGUGAAGGAUGCCAAUUUAACGCCCUCGGAUCUCACCUGCCUGACUAUCUCGACACAGCGCUGCACCUUCCUCACCUGGGAUCAUCGAAGUGGCGAAUAUUACCACAAUUUUAUCACCUGGAAGGACCUUCGCGCCGAUGAGCUGGUGGAACAAUGGAAUAGCAGUUGGACGAAGAGCUCCAUGAAUUGGUUCUCAUACUCUUUGUUCCUGCUCACCCGUCAAUCCCGAUUCCUCGCAGGAAGCGUCCUUAAACUGAUGAAUGGACAAGUCACGCCGAGGCUGCUCUUCGAGAUAAUGCACAACAAGAAAUUAAAGCAGGCUCUGAUGCAGAAAAAGGCACGCGUGGAGCUUCUGGACUCCUGGAUCCUGCAUAAGCUGAGGACAGGAAACAGCCUGGAUAAGGAUGUGGAGCACAUAACCGAUGUUACCUCGAGUACAGCGACAGGAUUGUACGAUCCCUUCACACUCAGCUGGUCGCCGCUCAUAAGUUGGCUCUUUGGCAUAAAUUCAAAAAUACUGCCGCGUGUGGUAGACAACGGCUACAAGGGCUUCGGGCAUGUGCAUCCUACUGCUUUGGGUCCGGAUUGGGAAAAGACACAUAUUCCUAUCGCUGCCUCUUUAAGUGACCAAACUGCAGCUAUGUGGGGCUCUCAGUGUUUUAAGAAGAACGACGUCAAGGUCACUAUGGGCACUGGAGCUUUCUUAAACUUGGUCACAGGUGACCGUUGUCAUGCAGCCAUUUCUGGAAUGUAUCCCUUGGUGGCUUGGCAGAUCAAAAGACAAGCCAGAAAUCAAGGAGCAAUAUAUUGCAUCGAGGGAGCAUCCCAUGACUUUGGCACAGUGGUAACAUGGGCACAAUCAUGCGAACUCUUUGAAAAUCCUGCGGAUACUGCGGACAUUGCAGAGUCAGUUCCAGACACCAAUGAUGUUUUCUUCAUGCCUGCAUUCAGUGGCCUGGGGCCCCCGGUGAACGAUUAUCGUUCAGCAAGUGGCUUCAUUGGUCUUAGUCCGUCCACCACCAAGGCCCACAUGGUGCGGGCCCUGCUAGAGAGUAUAGUUUUUCGCGUAGUACAACUAAUCGAGGCUGCCGAAAAGGAAACCUCCCAAAAGCUUUAUAUAAUUAGAGUGGAUGGCGGCGUUUCUCGGAAUGACUUUGUCUGCCAAUUCCUGGCCGAUAUCAGCCGGUUGAGAGUGGAGCGAGCGGAGAACACUGAGAGUAGCAUCAUGGGGGCCACAUUUAUGGCAGGCAUUAAUCAUGGUAUCUGGUGUAACGAGGAGGAUCUCAAAUGUUUCCGGCAAGUGGAGCGUGUCUUUAAACCGCGGACCAAGGAGUACAACACUAUAGCAAGCCGGAUGGAGAAAUGGAGACGGACCAUUGCCCGGUUUAGCGACUGGUACUAGGUUUUCUACAAAUUACAAUUUACUUGUUUGGAUUUGUUAUACAUACGUCAGUCAUUAAAUACUUCGCAGACUAGGUAGUGGUAAAAAAA